GCUGAGUCAUGUCAAGGAAGCGAGCAUCACCACCCAUACGCCACUUGUGGAGGUUUUUGUCAAACCUCAUAAUCUUUCUUUGUGUCUUCCUUUGUCUAUUUGCUUUUGUCAGGCUGCACUUUCAAUCAUCAAUCUCUACGUCUCCAAGUUAUAGUGCAUUACAUUAUCAUGAUGAUCACCAUUUUGAAGGCCCUCCAAAGAUUGCUUUUCUCUUUCUCGUUCGCAAAGACCUUCCUCUUGAUUUUCUCUGGGGUGCCUUCUUCAAGAAUGGUGAUGCGGCAAAUUUAUCGAUUUAUAUUCAUUCAGAGCCCCGUUUCGUGUUUGAUGAGACAACAACAAGUUCAGCAUUCUUUUAUGGCCGACAGCUAACCAAUAGCAUUCAGGUAGUCUGGGGAGAAUCAAGUAUGAUAAUGGCAGAGCGGUUAUUACUUGAAAAAGCACUUGAAGAUCCAGCCAAUCAGAGAUUUAUUCUUCUCUCUGAUAGUUGUAUACCGUUGUACGACUUCAGUUACAUCUACAACGCUGUGAUGUCUUCUCCAAAAAGUUUUGUGGACAGCUUUAUUAACAUCAAUGAAGAUCGCUAUGAUCCAAAGAUGUCACCUGCAAUACCAGAGGAGAAAUGGCGAAAAGGAUCCCAGUGGAUUGCUUUGGUCAGAAGACAUGCAGAAAUUGUCGUGGGUGACGACAUAAUUUUUACUGUGUUCAGGGAAUUUUGCAAGCGAUGGCCACCGACAGACUUAACAAAGAGAAGGCAAAUUCUUGAAUUUGGUUUCAGAUUUAUGUUCCCAUGGCUUACAUCACUUCAGAAUCCCCACAAUUGUAUCCCAGAUGAACAUUAUGUGCCGACACUACUUGCAAUGAGUGGACUUGAAGACGAACUUGAACGAAGAUCAUUGACCUACACAUUAUGGAAUCAUUCUGCCAUGAGAAAUGAUACAAAAUCUUGGCACCCUAUCACAUUCGAUCGUGAUGAUGCAAGCCCUCAAGAAAUCAAAAAAAUAAAGGAUAUCAACCAUGUCUAUUAUGAGUCUGAAAACCGGACUGCACAGUGCUCAAUCAAUUCUAAACUUACUCCAUGUUUCUUAUUCGCAAGAAAGUUCUCAUAUGGCGCGGCCAUCCGUGUAUUGACUAUGGGAUUGGUUGGUCCCUAUGAUAUUCUUGCAUUAACAAAGGCAACAGCUUCGAAAAGAAAAAGUAAACAAUAUACAUAACUCUUGCAGUAUCGUUGAAUGACAUUGAACAUAGAAAAUUUUACAGAAUGUAACUUUAUGUAGUGUUACAAAAAGCAGUAUCUUAUACCACAUAACUAUCAAGAUUCACAGAAUUGGCUAUAUUUGUACAAAGGAUAAGUGAAGACGGAAAAAAGGACAAGAUGAAGAUUAAAUGAGGACUUUGUACAUCGG